AUGAACAUAUUUCAAGCAACUAGGCUAAAGAUUUUACUUCCAGGACAAGCAAGAAGUGCCACACUCACUAGCUCCUCAGAGGCCAUUGACCCAUCAUCUUUGGACUCAGCAAGUAGUCCUUUGCCACAUUCAUUGUCCACGCCCAGCACACCCUCAACCACCAGCUCAACCAGCUCAGUAGACCUAGAAAUCUGGCCUCACAGUUUUCGCAUCCCAUGGGAGAGGAUGCCACUAAAAUUAAGAACAGCAAUUGCCACAGGGAGACGACCUACACCGGCAGACCGUAAACCAAUGAUUAGAAUCACUGUGGAUGAAAUGAGACUUGUUGAGUUAAAUCCAACCAGAGCAGAUUGCCACACAAUAGCCAAGAACAUUGUGAAACAGUACCCAAAAAGUUUUGCAGAUGCACUGAAAGAUGGCGCUAUAAUUGGGAGUGGCUAUGCAUCACUUGUAAACCAGCUAAAAACUUGCAUUGAACACUUGAAUUGUGAUAACGUACUGGCCCGACGCAGGAAGCAGAAAAGGCUUUCAGGCACGCAAACUGUGUGCAAUACAAGAGCGCCAUCUGACCAGUAUGGCUGUGCCAGGUGGCAGCCUGACUGUCCCUCAGAAGAAACAGAAGAUCGUCUGGAGGAAAAGCGGAAGGAAAUGGAGGAGCUUUAUUCAUGUGAGGGGCCAACAGGAGCUGAGAGAGGACAGCUUUCUGAGCUAAUGCAAGCAACAUACUACCUGCAGCGCCGUACUAUCAAUGCUAGCCCAGCACCAUCGAUAGCUGAGCUGAAGAGUAAGUGGCCAUACCUUUUCAUACAGAAGGAACUAUACAAUCACUUCAAGCUACUCACAGACAUCCUAGAAAAAGUGGAUGCAGCGAUGGAAGAAAAAGGAAAGAUGAUCGUGCAAUACUUUCGCCAUAAACCAACAAACUAA